AUGCGGGUGCUGCGCGCCGUCCGGGCGCUGGCCAGCGGCCUGCGCAGCCGCCGCCGCGACGCCAGCGAGCGAAGGGACUCCAGGGCGCCCAUGCCCUCCACCACGCAGCGCAAGACGCACCCGGGCGUCCGCGCCGCCGCCUCCGCCUGCUCCGCCGCCACUGGGCCGGACGAGACGGUGCGCAACGCGGUGGCGUUUCUGACGCAGGAAGACGCCGAGAGCGCGCUCAUCUACGCGCUCGUGCACGACCCGGACUUCCGCUUGGCCUCCGCGCUGGCCACGACGCCGUCGGGCGCGGACGUGAACGUGAUCCGCGCGCUGCUGUUCGUGUUCGAGAACCACGAGGACCAGCUCCGCAAGCUGCUGGGGCUGCUCAUGUUCCGCGAGAUGGUGCACACGCUCAACUGGAACGAGCUCUUCCGAGCCAACUCGGCCACGACAGCUUUGCUGCGCGAGUACACGUGCGAGCUGGGCGGCGAGUUCCUGCAGCACGCGCUGGCGGACGUGAUCAACGAGCUCUGGGUCUCGUCGGACGGCUAUGAGGUGAACCCGCGCUACCUGCAGCCACAGGACGAUCUCCAUGCCAACCAGCAGCGGCUCGAGGCGCUGGCGGAGCGCACGCUCGACCAUAUCUUGAGAGCGGCGUCGCUGUUCCCGUACCAGAUCGCCAAGAUCUACCGCGUGCUGGAGCUGGAGAUGAUGCGGCUCAUUGAGCGCGACCGACGCAGCAACGUGUCCCUGCCUAGACUCAGCGCCAUGGGUGGCAGCAGCAACAGUCUCAUCUUCUCGGACGCUGGCAACAAUAACAACAACAACAGCAGCUUCUUGGAGAGCACGUCGGUGGAGAGUGCAGGGCAGCUUGGAGGUCUCCCGCGACUCAGCUCCAUCGAGGAAAACCUGUUGGAGGAGGUGCUCACGCAGUCCAACAUCUCCAACGGCACGGCUUCGACUGUCACUGCUGCCAAGGAGGAGUUUUACAUGCACUUGGGCGGGCUCGUGUUUCUGCGAUUCCUGUGUCCCGCUCUGGUGGUACCGCACAAGAUGAACCUGACCCCGGGCAGCCAAGCGCCGAAUAAGCAGAUGCAACGCACUCUUGUGCUGCUGGCGAAGCUGCUGCAGUCGCUGGCGAACAACGUCGAGUACACGGCUUCCACCGAGUCGUUCAUGGUCCCGUUCAACUCCUUCCUCACGCGAAAUCGGCCCAAGCUCACUCGCUUUUACGACCAGCUGUGCCAACAAGCGCAGAAUGACCCCCGGCGAGACAGCAUGGUCGCGCGCAGCAACGCGGCCCCGAGAUUAUCGCAGCUUUGGGCAAGUCGGAGUAGCAGCAGUCUGGGCAAAGAUCCAUCCAUUGUGAACCUCACCGGGGCGCGGAUAAUGGAGGCGCCGGAGGCCGCAUGUGCAGUACUGCGCGAGUGGAUGAGGUCGAACCUGGACUAUCUCGCAAUUGAAGUUGCAGACAACAGCAAGUUUCGACGGCAACAGCAGAUCGUGGUCAACAAUGGAAGCAGCAGCAGCAGUGGCAGCUCCACUCCUCCGACGUCGACUUCCGCUGUGACAGCUUCGCCCGUGAGACCCAAGAGGCCUAAACGGAAGUUGAAAACGUCCAAGAGUGCUGGGUACCCUGCAGAAAUCCAGGAAGAAGACGAAGAGGAAAAGACAAACGAAAUGAUGGGGUCGAGAGCCUCCCAACGGCGUGACCUCGCGAUGCCCGUUUCACUGGAGGAACUGGACAAAAUUAUGGGCCACACAAGCCAUCGUGACAGUCAGCUGAUGAAGGUCUACUACUCCAAGCUCUCUCAGAAUGGGUUGCAGCGUCUACUGCACGUGAAUGACGUCGAUGGCGCGGAGUGGACGGUGUACAGGAGCAGUGGCGACGUCGAGGUGCUGCGCAAGACGCCUGGACACUUCGUGUGUCCCUCAGGAGGCUUCGCAUCUGAAAAGGACCGCUUGGUGGAGAUGAAGGGCCAUGUUACCAUUCGGUCCACGCCCAGCCGGGUGUUUCAGUAUCUGCGAUCUCUCGAGAACGCUUGCUCCACGACCCCAGGCGCCAGCUUUGACGACGGCAAGACUACUACCAGGCGGGUCGAGCCGCUGGAUGACUCCAAGUCGGUGCUCUACCGUGAGCACUCGAAGCUGUCGCUGUGGCCAGCGUGGCUGGUAAAGCCCCGUGAUUCUUGUGAUCUCCACAGCUUCGUGGAGAAGACUGGCCGACCCGAUACGUACGCCGUGCUCCAGGAGUCUAUCCCUCGUGCAGACGUUCCUGAGCGCAAGGGAGUGGUGCGAAUGGCAUUUGCCACCGGCGGCUUUCUGAUUGAGCCAUAUGUGGGAGGCGGGGAUGAAAACUCGGACCCCGAGGUGGAAGACGGGUUUUCCACGAGACUCACAUGCAUCGUGCGAGCCGACUUCAAGGGGCUAAUGCCUCGGUACCUGGCCGAGAGCAUCGUCUAUCGGCAGGUGCUUGAAAUCGAGACUAUUCGUUCACGGGUGGAGUCCAUGCCUCCCGCGACGAACGAAUGGGUUUAG